UGUCUAAAGCUCAGUUUUAUCAGCAAACCUUUAUUUUCGCCUUUCUGCAAAUCAGCUGUGUGUCGAACUCAGGAGCAAACCUAUAUCGUCUCCUGCCUUUUUUAAAUCAAUUGUGUGUCAAAAUCAGCAACAUCAAGUGUACGACAGUUCGUGCAUCGUCGGCCAACUGAGAACAAUGGGGUCGAGCAAUCGGCCCUUAUCAUCAUGGCCGUCACUAGCUACUUUAAUUGCUACUCUGGCUGUUGUGAGCCAAGGCGUGGAGAUGCCGAAGAUGGAUGCGCAUGCGUCGUUGACCUUCUGUGAGAUUCAUGUACUUCCUCGAGGAUAUAUUUGCAAAGAGCAGGAGGUAUAUUCGGAGGAUGGUUACAUGCUUAGUCUGCAUCGGGUUAUACUUCGGGGAAGCCUGGAAAAGUCUGUGUGGGAAUGGCUAGAGCUGGAGCUCCGACAUAAUCACAAACACCAGGGGCCCUUCCCUUGGUUCAAGAAAGCACGCCCAGCUCCUGAGGCUGUACCCUCGGACACAAGUCCUAGCAGCAGGUCAGAAAUUCCACCAUUUCCAAGUCCUCCUCCUUCCUCCUUCUCGCCUCCAGGUGAAGGCACAUAUAGAGGAUCAUCUCCGCCGCCGUCCUCCUACUCUCCACCUGGUGGCUAUGGAGGUCCGAGCCUUCCGUCCUCCUCCUCGCCUCCAAGAGAAGGAGCAUAUGGAGUACCAUCUCCGCCAUCGUUUUCCUCCUCUCCACCUGGUGGAUAUGGAACUCCUACUCCUUCUGCGUUCUCCCCAUCAGGCGCAAGCACAUAUGGAGGAUCGAACUCAGCUCCAUCGUCCUACUCUCCCCCGGCAGCCGCUGGUUAUGGGGCACCCAGUUCCACCGGUUCUAGGAACUCACCACCAAGUGCCGGUACAAUAGGAGCAAGAUCUCCAUCUCCCACGUCCAUCAACCCUCCUCCUGCCGCUGGCGGAUAUGGAGCACCGAGUCCUGCUAGUACGGGGAAUUACGGAGAGGGAUCGUCAGCACCAUCAACAUCUGCUCUCUCCCCACCACCUGGUGGAUCCGGAUACGGAGGCUCACCUCCAUCGUCAACGAGCUCCCCACCGACCGGGUCAGGACGAUCUACUUCCAGUUCCAGUGCUGAAUGUCCACGUGGCUUGUCCUCGCCGAACAUUGCAAGGAGGGGACUUACUAGCAGCGAUGGCCGAGAGCAACCUCGGACUCGAACCAGAACUCGACCAGAACCCGGUUCUGCUCAUGCACCACGAGCUUCUCAACGGGGACACCUGGUUCACGCACGUGGCCACGGAGAACGACACUCUCCUCCCGCUCAGGCUCGUGGACCAGGGCUUCGAUGUUUGGAUCGGUCACGAGCGGGCGACGCUCUGGAGCAUCGGAAGCUAACUCCCAACAACUCCCAACGAUGCUGUACGUGCAACACGAUCCUCUCGGCGUACUGGAACUGGACUUGGGAUCAGCAUGUAGAGCACGACGUUCCGAAGCUGCUGACAUACAUCAGCGACGAGACUGGCUCCAGAGUGCAUUACGUCGGUGUCUCUCUGAGCGCUGCAGUCGGAGCAGCCGCAGCCACGAACGCGGGCGUCGCCACUCUCAUGAAAACUCUGACUCUGAUAGCUCCCGCCGUCUAUCGGGGAAAGACUACUUCAGAGUUACUGCAAGCCUGGGAUCCUAUUCUAUUUCCCUCGGCUUUUGGCACGAGCGACGACGAAUGGCACGACCGCAGGCUCGGUGCGUUCAACUUUCCGAGGGAGUUUCAUCUAGAUGCCAUUCCAUUGACCAGCCCCGCUAUUCAUCUGCGGUUCGCCAUCUCGGCCCCGAGUGCUGUCUGGGUCCGAGUGUGCUCUCGCUCGCCAAAAGGAAUCUCCACGAAUACAUUUCAGCACUUCGACUACGGGUCCGCAGCCUUCAAUGCCCUGGCAUACGAGGGCAAAACCGACCCUCCGACUUACGAGCUGAAAGAUAUGCCCGGCGACCUGCCGAUGUUAGUGGUGUACGGAGGGCAGGAUUUAUACUCGCCUCCCGAAGGUGUGCUCGAAUUUAUGAGCUUGACACAGUCUAUGCCCUAGUCAGUGUACCUGCCUCACUACGCACAUUUCGACCUAUCACUAGCCUGCACCGAGCGGACAUUAUCAAUAGAACUUGCAAAUGUAAGCUGUAUCUUCGAAAACAUACUGAUUGAUCUAAAUCAGUAUGUUUUCGAAGAUACAGCUUGAACCUUUAGAGCUGUCACCCGAGGCUUCAGAGCAACGUCUCCUUCUGUCAACCGCAAAAUCAACUGCUUUUGAAAUUUUUCCUUAACCAGAAUCGUUAGAUAUCCUCUCAACCGUUUUCAUGAAGUCCAGAUCUGGUGCAAGAAGUAUACCUUGCCGUUUGACCGCUACUAGCCGUAAACAAAUGUCUCUUCAUCCUCCAUGGCGAGCUUGAGAUGGAUCGGUCCAAAAUACGCCUGCAUUGGAAUUACUAAUCGUUCUAAAACAUGGAUAGCAUUUCAAAUAUUUUGAACCAAGGAAAUCUUGAAGUGGGUGUUUGUUCCUUCAGAGUGAAUUCAGCUGCUGGAAUCUCCUGGAUCUAAACUCGGUUUGCGGACCGAGAACCGUGUGUGAAUU